AUGCUACAAGCAUAUCCCCCUGUGCCAAACUGGUACACGUCCCACUGCGCUUGUGUUGUCGACACUCUCAACUAUUAUAUAUACGCCAGCCGUAAUGCCAUUGUCGUCCUGGAUCUUGCAACCUUUGCCUUUGCCAAAACGUUCUUGGGAGCAAUGCAACGAAUCAACGCGAUCGCCGCCUACGAACAGUUUUGCUACAUUGCCGAAGGGAACAGAAUCCGUGCAUGGAACUUGAUCGAUAGCAGGUUGCUUGUAGCUUAUAAGGCGAUCCACAAGAAUGAUAUUACAGUGAUCCAAUGUAUCCGUGGUGGCACGACUUUGGUUUCUGGUGAUAAAUCGGGUGCUCUUGUGCUGCAAUUGGUGUCAGGUGAUCAAUGCUGGCGAUCAGAAAAGGUCAACUCGGAGAUCAGAACCAUUGCUCCCAUGUGCUUUGCAGGGCAAGAUUACCUGGCUAUAGCAUACGCCAAUGGGAUGAUUUAUAUUGAAAAAGUCCUUGCUGAUUUGAAGACUGAAACGGUUUAUCAGAUGACACACGCUCACGUCAACAACCUUGCAUGGCAGUAUCAGGAUGGGAACCAAGCAACAGCAACAACAACAACAUGGCCAUUAUUGGCAUCGAGCACGCGACGUAACCGUGAGAUAUACAUUUGGAACGUUCCAUCAGAAUCCAAGCAUGCUAUCGUCAAAAUACCACCUCCUUCACCCAAGUGGACUGAACAACAACGCAAUACACUAUGGAUUGAAUUAGCAUGGUCGCCAUUGGAAAGAGAUAGGCUAUGGGUAUCCUCUUACAUGGGAAACAUCAUUGGCUUCAAGAUCAACAAUGGCUCUGGUGUCUCGAAAGGACGAUUACCUGAUGUCCAUUCACGGAUUGCUUUCAGCUUGAUGUGGGUGAAUCAAGGCCGUAGGAUGGUGAGCUAUGGAUUGGAUAAGCAGAUCGUCUAUUGGGACAUGCAUGACAGCGUUGCACGCGUGCAAAUGGUGACACAAGCAGCAUUUCCAUAUGCAAUUGAUAUCUCUGCAUGGAAUCCAGGACAAGCCGCUGUGGGAAUGGGUGAUGCCAACAUCAAAGUAUGGCAAUUUUUAUCUACUAUGACCAGUGGCAAGGACAAUUUCUACCAAGCUUCAUUGAUGUGGAAGGAAAUGCAAGGACAAAUUCGUCAUGUCAAAUGGCAUCCAGAACAAGAUAGCAAGAUCGCAUACAGCAACGAAUAUGGACGCAUCGGCGUGUAUGAUAUCUCAAAGACCAAGAACAUGCGUUUCAAAGGAUACCAUGAUGCCGGCACUGUCUCCAUCGCUUGGGCAGGAGAUCUCAGCCUAGGUGAACAUGGCAUGGUGCAAGAUACUCUCAUUUCAUGCGGUGUGGAUGGCAAGAUUUUGGCGUUUCAUGCUGGGAAGCCCCACUUUGCCCCUGUGUUACUUGAAGAUAUUCUCGCACAAGCCAAUCCAGCAUGGGCAAAAGCAAAUCAGGCCAAAGUGAAUACAAAACGAUGCAUUAUUGAUGUGGAUCCUGGACAUCGAUUCCUCGCUAUAGGAAAUACCGAUGGCGUAGUGGAGGUGUACAGACUUGAUACGCUAAAGAUCAUCUAUGUGUGUAAUGCACUUACUGUGAACGUCACUGCCAUGGCUUGGGGAGGAAAGGAUCAAACUUAUUUGGCUGUUGGCUAUCGAUCAGGCAACAUCACCAUACACAAGAUCAGUAUUCAAGAAAAUUCACCUGAGAUCCCUAUACCUGAUUCUACGGCGUUACACAAGUCCGAUUUCCACAAGAAGCCAAUCAAUUGCCUUGCAUGGAGCCAUCAUGUUGACAAGAUGUAUCUAGCUUCGGCAUCAGAAGAUGAUUCUGUUGGUGUAUAUGGGCUGAAAGCUGAAAAUGAUAGCGUACAUGUGAUACCCGAAGCACAUUUUAAGCAGCAUCGAGGGCGUGUGCUUACCGUUUGCUGGGGAUAUGAAGAUACCGACGUAUUGAUAUCGGGUGCGGAGGAUCGAUUUAUUUAUCUUUGGAAGUGGACCGAUUAUUUGUAUCCUAAAGGCAAACAUGAUCGGACAAGUGCUAGGGAGAAGGAGCUUUCAAUGAUAACAAAGAGUCCAAGCAUGGGGAAUAAGUCCGAGGCAGCAACCGAGGUAGCAUCAACAUCAACGACAGCAACAAUGGAGGCGAACCAAGAAGUCGUACAACAUGCCAAGAAGAAACGCCGAGUACCCAAUGCUUUGAUGAUUGCUUCAAGACGCUCUCAACAAGUCCUAACACAAGAUGUCAUGCUUCGGCGGAGUCUGUUGUUGGCAGCUAGCAUUUACGGUGGUGAUCCAUUAUCAGCAAUUGAGCACGUCAAAAGCAAAAUACCCGCUCACAUCAAUCCCGCGUUAUAUGAUGCAUAUGUUGGAUCACCGUAUGAAGGCGAUAGUGAAGUACUGGACCUAUUUUUCGGUGAUAAAAAUGACAUGCGACAUCUUUUGGAUCUCGAAGAGUCGCAAAUGGCACAAGUCAAAGAAAGAAGUUGGCCCUUGCCCGGGUCAGAAAAUUUCGACUUGAAGCUUGCCCUGGAUAUUAUUCGAAGCAACACGCAAGAAUCACAAUCACCCUCCAACAUGAUUGAUUGGAUUGCACUUGCGUUGAGCCCAUCAGCUGGAAAAGAAGCAUGGCUGGCCAUGAUGGAAAAUACCGCUACUCAACUUGCUCGUGCUGGCCAAACCGUACUUGCUGCUACUUGCUAUCUUGCUUGUUCCAAGGUCUAUGAUGCUAUCAAUGUAUAUCGCAAAGCCAAAAUGUACAGGGAAGCUAUUGCCAUUGCCAAAAUCAGGUUGCCACCAAUCGACCCAUUGAUACCCACUUUAUAUGCUGAAUGGGGAGAUAUGCUCAAGAAUAGCACCACCGAAGAGGAAUUUGCAGCCUUGUGUUUUAUCAAAGGCCAAGUACCAGGAUCGACCGUUCAAGCUAUCAAUCUUUUGGCACGGAAGCAAAAGGAUGGUCAUCUUUUCUGGGCUGCAUGCCUUGCAUGUUUGCUCAAUGACAGCACAGCAGACGAACGAAUCUCACAAUACAUUCAAGCAUUGGAAAAACGUGCAACAAGAGGCUCUGGGUAA